UCGUUUCCCGUCUCACGGACGAUUCUCGCUCUCGGAGUGUUUCACGAAAGAUUUGGUCCCCUCAGGCUUCUUCCCGGACCACGGCGCACGGCGGGUAAGGAUCUCUCACGUCCGUCCUCUCCACCCGACUCUUCCCCGCCGCUCACGGAAGACGAGGCGAUGGCGCCCGCGGUGAUGUCACGACACCCUAUCCGAACGCGACGCGGAGCUCCAUCUCGCUCCAAACACCGCAACGAUCACCCUCGGUACAAGUUUCGUUGUGGAAGAUCAAUGACACGCGGCGUCGCCCCAUCCGCCGUCCGAUUUAUUUGGGACUCCCUCCUCCGCUAUUUUCUCAGGACUGACCACAGUAAGGGGUGACCUAAACUUUAGAUCGCAUAAGAUGAGCAGCGGUGCCGUAGGUAGUAUAACAUCUGAGGACGUUCACAAGUUCAAACAAGGACCUGAUCAUCUCCUCGUCCUAGUUCAUGGCAUCGGGGCUAGCUCUAGUGACUGGACAUACUCAAAGGCAGUGUUAAAAAAGCGUUUAGGAAGCAAUUUUUUAAUUUAUGCAAGUUCGUGCAACAGUUAUAUAAAAACAUUAGAUGGAAUUGACAGAGCUGGAAAGCGACUCGCAGAUGAGGUCUUGAGUGUGAUUCAUAAGACAGGAAGCUUGAAAAAGAUCUCUUUCACAGCACACUCCUUAGGUGGUCUAAUUGCAAGAUACACAAUUGCUGUUCUUUAUUCUUCAGAUACCUUGCAGAAGGAUCUGAAUGAUGGUUAUAAAACUGGAAAUCCAGAAAAUUUAGAAUGUUCAUCAAAACUAGGCAGUAUUGGUGGAUUGGAACCAAUAAAUUUUAUUACCUUGGGAACUCCACAUCUCGGGUUUAUAGGGAAAAGGCAGUUUCCGCUUCUUCUGGGAUCACCCAUUCUCGAAAAGCUUGUUCCACCAGUGGCCGCCAGAUUUGUUGGCCGAACUGGUAGUCAGCUGUUUCUUACAGAUGAUGAACCUAACAGUCCACCCCUCCUUUUAAGGAUGACAUCUGAUUCUGAAGAUUUGAAAUUUAUAUCUUCUCUGGCUGCAUUUAGGAUUCGUAUUCUUUAUGCCAAUGUUUCGUAUGAUCAUUUGGUCGGCUGGCGAACAUCUUCAAUCAGGAGAGAGUACGAGCUUGCUAAGCCCUCUCGCGAGUCUGUGGAUGGCUACUUGCAUGUUGUGAAUGUGGAAUACUGCUCCCCUGUCUUAUCCGAAGGCCCUCCUCGUUUUCCUUCAGAAGCAGCAACGGCAAAGGCAGCUGCCCAAACUGUCUCAAACACGCAGAAAACAGCAGAAUACUACGGAUCGAUGGAAGAGGAGAUGAUACGCAGCUUACAAAGGGUCGGAUGGAGGAAAGUUGACGUCAGUUUCCAUGCAGCAACUUGGCCUUUCUUCGCCCACAACAACCUCCACGUGAAGAGGGAGUGGCUAAACGGUGCUGGUGCCGGCGUCAUAGCUCACGUUGCAGACAGCCUCAAGCAACAAGAGUUGUCUCGCACGCUUAUUGCCGCAAAUCUGUAGCCAUUGCUUCGUUUUGCUUGUUGGAUGAGUUUUCUUUCCUCCCGAUCCCUGUGGUUGCAGUGCCAUGUAUGUAUACAUUUAAUGGCGUAGGCCGCCUUAGAUCUGGUGUAUUGUUGAUCGAGCUCAGAGUGCAGCUCUGUGACUGACCCAAACCUAACUCGGACCAUCAGAUCAAUUUGAGAUGAAGAGAUGUUGUUGAUAGAACAACAGCAAAUAUUCCAAAGAUCUGUCAUUGUUUUGAUCUGUGAAUACUAUAACAAACAGAGGCAUUCCCAUAUAUUUUUCUUA